AUGCUAGGAUCACCUCUUUAUCCUGCCGCUUGUCUCUGCUUUGCUCUUCAAACCUAUGCUAGAACUGUUUCCUACGACUGGCGUCUCCACUGGGUGUCCGUUAACCCAGAUGGCGAACUUCUCAGACCGGCAAUUGGCAUAAACGGCCAGUGGCCUAACCCGGCGAUUGAAGCAGAGGUGGGCGAUCGCAUUGUCAUAAACCUACAUAACCAGCUUGGAAACGAGACAGCAAGCCUCCACUUCCAUGGAAUCUACCAAGAAGGAUCCAAUGGUAUGGACGGCUCACCUACUGCGACACAGUGCGAGAUACCGCCCGGUGUAUCCUUCACAUACGAUUUCGUGGUCAAUCAACCAGGAUCCUAUUGGUAUCACUCACAUUCAUCCGGGCAGUUGGCCGACGGCCUUCGAGGCCCCCUUAUCAUCAAGGACCCAAAAUCACCUUAUGCCGGAAAUUACAGCGAAGAGCUUAUCGUGACUAUCAGCGACUGGUAUCACGACGAGGCGCCUUCGCUAAUUCCUUACUACCUCUCCUCUGUCCAGAACCCGUCUGGAGCAGAGCCAAUCCCUAACUCGUCGCUUAUCAAUGAAGCCCAAGACAUCAAGCUUGCAGUCAAGCCAAACACGAACUACCUUAUUCGGAUUAUCAGCAUGGCCGCCUUCGCGCAGGCAUAUGUUCAUUUUGACCAGCAUGAGAUGACUAUAAUUGCCAUUGAUGGUAUCUAUGUCCGACCAAGAACAGUCUCAACGGUGCAUGUUGUAACUGCUCAGAGAUACGAUGUGUUGCUUACGACGAAAAGUGACAAGGAAAGGAAUUACGCAUUCUUUUCGAACCUGGACCAGGCCAAGUUCCAGAGUAUUCCAGGAUACCUUCGUCCUAACGCUACCGGAUAUCUCGUGUAUGAUGCAUCAAAACCUGUCCCACCAGAGGCCCCUACCGUCGGCCGCUACGAUAUCAUUGACGACUUCACUCUCAUACCCUGCGACGGCCAGCCCCUACUUUCGGGGCCUCCAGACGCUUCGAUUGUGCUAAAUGUUGGUUUUUUUGAAAGAGAUGGACAAAACAGGGCAGGCUUCAAUAAUAUCACCUACAUAGGACAAAAAGUGCCGUCCUUGUACACAGCAUUGACCACAGGCAGUGAUGCCGAAGACCCGCGUGUGUAUGGUGUGAACGCAAACGCUAAGGUCGUUAAGCAAGGUGAUCUGGUUGAAGUGGUCAUCAACAAUUUUGACCGUAGUGGUCAUCCCAUGCAUCUACAUGGCCACGCUCCACAGAUUGUCGCACGAGCUGCGGGAGUCUUCUUACAGAACGGCACACUUUCCGCAAAGGGUUAUACUGGCGACAUUGGAACAUUGCCUAAGGUACCCAUGCGGCGAGAUACUUGGGGAAUGGCUCCCGGAGGCUAUACCGUCAUUCGAUAUCGAGCAGACAACCCUGGCGUAUGGCUGCUUCAUUGCCAUAUGGAAUGGCAUGUCGCAGCAGGUUUGAGCAUGACCAUCGUUGAAGCACCUCUCCAGCUUCAGCAAUCGCAGCGCAUCAAUCCGGCCAUGGAGGAUAUAUGCAAGUCGCAAGGUCUAGCGACUGCGGGCAAUGCAGCAGGGAAUACUGAAGACCAUUUCGACUUGUCAGGUGCAAAUACGAUAGUAGAACCGAAUCACCGCGGGGCGUUGGUCGAUGAAGACUAUAACAAUUAG